AUGGAGAAACAAGUCAAAAGCAAGAUCAAGAAAGGCUACGUGGAUCCUGCAGAGAACGAGUCCGACGGUGCUGAAGCUCAGCCUGAGGAGCAAGCAGCAAAGGCAGCCCCCCAAGCUUCUGCGGGAUCCAGCGAACCCAUUCGAUGGGGUGAGCAUGGAGGCCAUGGUGACUGCCAUGAUGGCUUGGUUUUCGUCAAGGGCGGUGCACGGGAGACGUGUGGUGUGAGGAGUGAGAAGCCCUUGCCGAAAGACAUGGUGUGGACCGUGCGCUUUUCGGUGCUGGGCUCGCAUCAAGCUGUCGGAGUUGCCACUAAGGAUGCACCUCUCAGCAUGGCAGGUUAUCAUUACGUCUUCGGAGAUGAAACUGAGGAAGGUGAGAGCUGGGCCCUGUGCUUUUCUCGGGACCAAAGCACCUUUACAGCCAGACAUGACGGCCACGAAGUGGAGGAGAUUGAUGUCGAGGAGGACAAGGCUAGGAAACCCACCAAUGUGGAGAUUCGUCUGCGCCUCGCGGGGGGGAAGGAGCUCUUCGUUUGUCUACCGGGCUCCGAAACGGAAGUGCUGAUUUUUUCUGACUUGCCUGAUGGAGAUCUCUAUGCGGUGGCAUCCACGCCUUAUCGCGCUUGCCAGGUAAUUGUUCAGGACCCUGCCUGUCCCAGACCAUUGCCAAAGAGCUUGACAUCGAAAACGUCACCCAAAGCUGUUAACACCCCCCCGCAUCCACGGUCUGUCCGCAAGCCUCCUCCCAAGAAGAAGAAGCGGACAUUUCCACCAUGCCCUGCGUUUGACAGUGGCGACGGCAGCAUCACAGCCGCCAUGGAUGUUGUCGGCACAGGCAGUUGGGGGCUGAAGCAAGUUGAGAGGAAGGUGCUAAAAAAUGAGAAUGCCUUGAACGAUCGCAUGCGGCAGCAGAUGGCAUUUAUGAUGCAGUACGGCCUGAUGUUCCGUGACUGCGACUCACUGGAAGCCUGCUUCAAUGAACGAAGUGUGGAUGAUGGUAUUCUGAUCAGCCACACUCUAACAUGCAAGGUGCCAAAGCUUUCGUUCAAUUAUAUCGAGGGUGGUUUCGGUGGCAACUCAAUGGGCUUCAUGAUGACCGAAGAGAAUGGCAUCACGAAGAACAUCUUGGAAAACUGCGACACGGACAUCAUCUGGAGAGGGCCAGCCAGCAAGUCCAAGGCUGCAAAGAAGUUCGUCAAGGAGUUCAAGAAGAUCCGAUAUGACAUAGACGAGGAUGACGAAGACUAG